GACUGGAGGAAGGGGGAGAGAAAGUUGGAGUUGAGAAGAAAACGCAGUCUGAGAAGUGUCAAGCUAAUCAAUCAUAGGCGAACGAUUGAGCGGAAAGAGCACAAGGACAUGUCGUUCGCUACGCUGGCAUCACGGCCACUUGCUACCAAGCUGGUAGUCGUGCUGCUGUUGUUGCUGUUGUUCAAUCUGGCGACAGUGGCGCUGCUGCUGCGGCCGUCGUCGGACGCGACGCGCUGUGACAACUCGAUUCUUCGCGCCGAGCUUUUGGAAGCCAAGCGCCAGCUCGCUACCGGUCUUGCUGCUGGUGCUGCUGCUGGUGGUGGUGCUGGUGGUAUGAACGCAUCUUCGGAUGCCGCCAAGCUGCAGUUGGCAGCACAGUUCCUGGAUCUCAGUCAGGUCACUCGGAUUUUCGCGUCCGACUUUCCGCCGCCCAGCCCGCCAGAGACCCAGCCACGCAUCUUUGUCGCGAUGGCUGGGCACUUGCGAACACAGGGCAAGAAUUUAGGCAACUUUGCAAGCUUUGUCAAAGCGAUGCGUGCGCAGGGAGCGCAAGUGUAUUUGGCCGAGUACACUUGGCACCUCCUGGACGAUCCGUACCGCGACACCUGGUGGAAGGAAAACUCUGCCACAUACGUCGCUGAUCAAACUCGCAUCCACGGCACUCCUGUGAGCAUUUUCGAGAACGAGAUUGAGCCGGCACUCAAGGCGCUCCAGGUACCAUACCUUGCCGUCGUUGGCGAUCAAGAGAUGGUCCGCGGAGCGUUUGCAUCCGAGCGCUAUCGCAGCUGGGUGGGCGUUCAUCGAGCGCUGCUCAUGCUUUCCCAGCUUCCGAAUAUCGGCGCGCUGAAUCCCGGCGAAAGCGACAUUGUCAUGUCCUCGCGACCGGACAUUUUGUACGAAAAGGGCUUUCUCGUUCAGCCGCUGCUCGAUUUCCUCAAGCGCAACCCAAUGACUGUUUUUGUGACGUCGCACUUCAGUGAUCUUGCUGUGACUGGCGCUCAUCUCAACGAUCCCUCUGAACUAACGUGGAUUACAUCAUUUCAAGCGUACUCUGAAAUCAUCCGUGCUGGGCAAGUGUAUGGGACUGGCCGGUGCUCGCCGCAACCAGGAUUGCACGAAUGGCAGACUGUUCUUUUCUACUGUGCGCCCGUGUCCAUCCGGUACAUGUCACCCGAGUGGACUGUUUACGCUCAUCGACUACACGGGGAGCUGGCACCAUUUCCGAAUCACGGCAGCUUUGACUUUGAGCUUGGCCCCAUCGCCAGGAAACCCGUCGACAUUGUCGCGACUCACGUGUGCAAAAAGCCGUUUUUCGGCGUUCGACAUGUGCCCAUUCGUCCGACGGACCAGAACGGGCAGGAGCUGACCACUGUCAAGCAGCGAUCGGACGACGGGAUCCAGGAAGUGACCCUUCCACCUCUGGCUGAGCAAGUCUGGCGAUCGCCAAACCAGGAUGACAACGACGACAAGCCGUACUGUCCCUUCCUAAAGCUAAAGGACGAAAAGUAUUACAGCGCCGAGGGGUUGUUUAGCCAUGGCCAAAUGGUGUGAAUUAUUCAUGCAAGUGUAAAUUAGAAGAAUUAGAAUUACAAAAC